AGCGUCAGCGCUUUAUAAGCCGCCCAGCCGCUUUGACAGCACUGCUGCGGAGUUACGGACACGGACCAACACUGACUUUACUCUGAUAUAACAACUACGUAAAGCAGAAAAUGGCCUCUACUAAGGAAAAACUGAUUGUUCAUGUGAGCAAGGAGCAGCCUACUGGUCCCACCAAUAAGGUGACAGUGGUGGGGGUGGGCAUGGUUGGAAUGGCCGCCGCCGUCAGCAUCCUGCUCAAGGAUCUGACAGAUGAACUGGCGCUGGUGGACGUGAUGGAGGAUAAGCUGAAAGGAGAGGUUAUGGAUCUGCAGCAUGGAAGUCUCUUUCUCAAGACACACAAGAUUGUGGCUGAUAAAGACUACAGCGUGACCGCAAACUCCAAAGUAGUCGUUGUGACCGCUGGAGCUCGCCAGCAGGAGGGCGAGAGCCGCCUGAACCUCGUGCAGAGGAACGUCAACAUCUUCAAGUUCAUCAUCCCCAACAUUGUCAAGUACAGUCCCAACUGCAUCAUGCUGGUGGUGUCAAACCCCGUUGAUAUCUUGACCUACGUGGCCUGGAAGCUGAGCGGUUUGCCCAGGAACCGUGUGAUCGGCAGCGGUACAAACUUGGACUCUGCCAGGUUCCGUUACCUGAUGGGGGAGAAGUUGGGCAUCCAUCCAUCCAGCUGCCACGGCUGGGUGAUCGGAGAACACGGAGACUCCAGCGUGCCCGUGUGGAGCGGUGUCAACGUGGCUGGGGUGUCUCUCCAGGGAUUAAACCCUGACAUGGGUACAGAAAAAGACAAGGAGGACUGGAAGAGCGUCCACAAGCAGGUGGUUGACAGUGCUUAUGAGGUUAUUAAGCUGAAGGGAUACACAUCCUGGGCUAUUGGUAUGUCUGUAGCUGACCUGUGUGAAAGUCUCUUGAAGAACAUGCACAAGUGUCACCCUGUUUCUACCUUGGUCAAGGGAAUGCACGGUGUAAAUGAAGAGGUCUUCCUCAGCGUGCCUUGCAUCCUGGGUAACAGCGGUCUGACAGAUGUUGUCCACAUGACCCUGAAGCCGGAGGAGGAGAAACAACUGGUGAAGAGCGCUGAGACGCUGUGGAGUGUUCAGAAGGAGCUCACCCUGUGAAGAGCAGUCUCUUCCAAAAUGUAGCCAGUGUCACAGAUUUCAAACUCCAAGAAACAUACUGCCUGUAACCUCCAACAGAUAUCUCCAAACCAGAUCUUUAGAUUGUAACGCUCCUUGAUGUGUAUUCUUGUUGUCAAUACAAAGAUUAUAUUGAGUUUAUAUAAGAGUCUAUGUGCAUACUGUUGUACUGUAUAUUAAAAAAAGAAGCACUUGAGCAAGA